UUUCAAGAGAUUUUUUUCUGCUGUCAUAACUCUACGUUAGUGCAUAUUGGGAGGAGCAGAUUACGCAAACUUGACAAAACUGCUUCUUCGCAUCUUAUACAUAAUGCAGCCCGCCAUGGAGGUGACCGUGCAAUCUGUGGGCACCACCGCUGGAACAAGCGGCCUUUCACGUGAAGGAGCACUGCAGCAGCCAGGAGUGGUCGCUGUUGAGCCACUGCCCCGAAGCCCUCCAGCCACUGCACAGCCUGCAGCUGGCCCUGGCGGAGUGAGAACCAGCUACCAACCCCGGGUGCAGCGCCGGUCUCGAGGCCCUCGUCGGGUGUCCCACCGAGAGGCCUUGGUUGAACGGCUCGCGGAUGACUACGCCAGAACCGUCGCACAGAACGACGAGACAAACGAACUCCUUCGUGGUAUCCGCCAGGGCGUAGACCGGCUGGCUGCAGCUACUGAGCGGGUCGUGGCUGCUGUGGAGCGGCAGGCCGACCAAGUAGCGGAGGCACUGCGGCCAGUGGGGCAGCUUUCGCAGCUCUUGGGCCAACUAAUGCAGGAGGCAGUGGCUGCAAGGAGGGAAUAGACGAUUUGAAGUUUUAUUAUUUAUUACUUGUAUUUUUUGUAUUAUUCAUUAUUAUUCGUUCAUUAUUAUUCGUUCAUUAUAACUUUGAUCUUGUUUUGUACAUUUAAAUAUUUUUUUAGUGAUCUCUAAACUUUGAGAUGUUACUCGAAGGUAGCAGAAAUUAAAUAGUUACCUUAUUUCCGUUAUGUGCACAAGAAAUUGCAUACUAUUUUUGUAACUUUAUCGUUAGUAUGUUUUAGUAUUUUUUAGCAAGUAUCAUUAAUAUGUUUCGGGUGUUUCAGUCAUACGAGUUAGGUGGCAGUCAUGCUAGCGUUGCUCUUUCUGUACUCUGUGUUGUUGCACUGAGGUCCAAUUUUUUUUGUUGCAAGGUUCCAUAUCCAGUGUCUACCUGAAAUCACUAGAUGGCUGCUUUAGAAUUGUGUUACACAUUACAUAUAGUGACGCUAACUCUUGAUUUGGCGCCUGAUGGGGAUUCUCCAGCUAAGAGCUGAUGCCUUGUACGCGGAGAAAAACAGUAUUAGUCAUAUUGUUUUCAACUAGGUCAUGUUAUUCCUGCCAUUUAUAUCGAAGUACAGAAUGCGUCAGGCUUGCAUGAUGCUUUUUAUUUGUAUGCUUACCACUUUUAUAAUGAGAGGGUGAUAAGUGUUACAUGAAGCACUUCUGGCUAGCCACAUAGGCUCCUGCUGUGAUAUUUUUUUGCUACUACUUCCAUGUAACGUUAUAUAUGCUAAGCUACAGCUAUGGAGUGCAUUACUGUACCUGAUACUGAAGAGUAGUUCAAGGUGCUGUUAUAUGUGACAUACACACGUCCUGCAGGCUUCCUGCUACAGCAGCACGUUAGUCCAGCUCAUUCUGACAUAUUUCGUCACUGUUGCUACUUCAGAUAUGUUGUAUUAUAUGGGGUGUAUCUGAAUGCAGAACAUGUAGCGGCUGACAUUUAUCUGUAUUUUUUUGUGACACGAGGAUGUUUACAAAGUUGAAACCAUGGAGUACAUUAAAGUAAUACCAUUUCCUUGAGCUA